UUCUUGCAAUCUCUAAACAAUGCACACACAUAUAUAAAACAAAUAAAAAAGCAAUCAGUUAUUCAAGACAGAUAAAAAACACUCAUCUGCUCCAAAAAAGCUAACCAAGAUGAAUUCCUUCAUCCUCUUUUGCAUGGUCUCGAGCGUUUGUAUUAAAAUAUGCCUGGCAGACUUCGAUAAUCUGCAGGAUGUUUGUCCAGCAGAAUCUACAAGCCAGCAGACAAUCUUCAUCAAUGGCUUGCCUUGCAAGAACCCAGCAACCAUCACUCCCUCAGAUUUCAAGUCAUCGAAACUAAGUCGCCGUGGCAAUACAGAAAACUUCUGUAGUUCCUCGACAACUAUUAUCACAGCCUUUGACUUUGCUGGCCUGAACACACUAGGCCUCUCAAUAGCCAGAACAGACCUUGAUGUGGAUGGUGUAGUACCGCCACAAACCCAUCCAAGAGCUACCGAGAUUUUCUUUGUCGGCGCAGGAGUAGUGAUUAUUGGAUUUGUCGACACCCAAACUCAAUUUUUUCAAAAGAUUCUCAAAGAAGGAGAAGUUUUUGUUGUUCCCAAGGGUAUGCUCCAUUUCUGCGCGAAUGCUGGCAACGAGGAUGCUACUGUUUACUCAGUAUUCAACAGCCAGAACCCAGGAUUGGUGAGUAUUGCUGGUGCAAUGUUUGACCCUGAUCCGGAAAUGAUAAAGAAGCUUGUGAGAAAAAUCAACUCUCUUCCUGGAACAGAAAUGGAAUGAGAAAUGCUACACUAUACGGGUGCAAUCUCUUUACAACCAGUGAUUAGAAUGUUGAAAUAUAAUUUGACAAUGGAAGCAAUGCUUCUCCUACGUUUAUAAAAAAUAAUAAUGCCUCUUUAUUAUUUAUUAUAUAUGCUGGUUUUACUUUCAUCUUUUGUUGGAUUAUAUGUUUUGGCUUCAUGUAUCGGCAACUGAUGCGGUCUAAAAUUUUAUUUUUACAAAGCCAUGUAAUGUACUGGUCUAAUUACCCAAAAAAGAAAACAAUGGGAUUUUUUGUGCUUAA